ACUAAUGCAUUAGCCAGUAUACAAAGCCAUUGAUAUCCGGAGGGUCAACGAUCUUUCUUAUGAUAGAGAACCUAUCUUCAUGAGGAUCCAUUGUCCUACCGAUCUUUGACCCCAUCGUCGUUCUGGCUGGCCAACAACUCUCGGACUCCGAGUCUGUGCCCUCAGCUGUAGCUCUCGACUGCUCAUCGGAAAGCUAUGCCAACGAAUCAAGUCGCUGAGAAUGUUCUGGGAACAAUAGGCACCAUAUGUUGGACGAUUCAGCUGGUACCGCAAAUAUGGAAGAGCUGGCGGACCAAAUCAACUGAAGGUCUCUCCGCUCACUUAGUAUUUCUCUGGGCACUUUCUGCGCCAUUCUUUGGGGUCUACGCCAUAAUCCGAAACCUAAAUGUUCCACUCAUAGUCCAACCGCAAAUCCUGUCACUACUCUGUCUAACCUCAUGGGCUCAAUGCCAGUAUUAUGGACAUCUCCAGAAAGUGACUACGACGAUGGUGGUAUAUGUCAUUAUCCUCGCCGUUCUUGCGGGUUUUGAAAUCGGGAUGGUGUUUGCUGUCAGACCUUCUUAUCGUGACGGAAAUAGUCGUCCUAUCCAGUUCUUCGGCAUAUUCAGUUCAGUUCUCCUGUCUAUUGCAUUACUGCCGCAGUACUAUGAGAUCUACAAGCAUCGCGAGGUCAUAGGAAUUUCAAUCCUAUUCAUGCUAGUCGACCUCAUGGGAGGCGUGUUCAGCAUUCUUUCUCUCGUUUUCAAAGCAGAGUUCGACGUCAUCGCCGCUGUCACAUAUUCUUUGGUCGUAUUCCUGGACGGCAUUGUGAUUCUUCUCGCCCUCAUUCUCAACCCCUUGGCUAAGCGUCGGCGAAAGAGAGAAGCGCAAGCAGAUGCAGUCAUGGCCGAACACUCCACUGCGCCUACUCCAUUUCUUGACCAGAAUGAAGCAAACCUACGCCAUUCCGACAAUAACCCUCAGUUGAAGAUCCAGUAGGAUGGGGACACCUGGCCUUACGACGCAUCGCACCAUGCAUCUAUCAAAAUUAAAAGGUUAUAUAGGUCAUACCCUCUAAGUAGCGGAAAAAUACCCCUUAUGAUGAUGAUGUUCACGAACAAAUCUCCACUUCACCUGCAUGAUACUCCCCCUAGAAUUUAUACGAACCUCACUACUCAGCAAUACCCAAUAGAUGUCUUGAGCUUAACCUCGCCUUCGCCUUUGGAAUGCCUAUAGACAGCGAGAAUCUCGGUCGGAGCAGCCGCACUUCUUUAGGCGUAACCACAACAUGAGACGCUUCCUGGAUUCGUCAAACAUGCUUGACAUUUCUGGAGGAUCGUCUUGCCAUUUGGUCUGCAGACUACACAGCUUCAAAUGAAUGUUUACCGUGGCU